UCCCUGGGGUUGUUGCACAUGCUGACUGGGGUUGCUUGAUAUUUUCAUUUUCAGUAUCUAACCUAGAGGAAUGGUUCAUCCUCUCCAAAGAAAUUGGACGAAUCCAAUUCGAUUAGCACUUACUCUCUUUGGUCUUCGUCUCCCGUGUGUCGCCUGGACCUCCGGGAUCAGGGCUCCUAUCUCCUGCGUGUCUUCUGAUCCUGUCAGGAUCAUCAAAAACAGCAAGCCCUCUUACACCAGUUUCUGCAGCUUUUAUACGACCGAGACAAUGCCAUCCUCAGCAGCGCCUCAUGUCAAAUCCAGGUGUGCACAGUAUCCAGGCUCUACUGUCACGCGCUCUGCUGUACCUGAUGACAAGGUGGACUGGAGUGUGAGUUGGCCUGAGUAUGAUCCAGUCUGCUACACUGCCCCUUCAGUUUUAAACAAACCACAGUGGGCUGAUCCUGAUAUUGGCUCUUUCUCGCCACAGUUCAACGCUUUAGACGGUGCUGUGGACAGGACAAGCUUUCAGGGCAAGUACAGAGUGGAAAAUGGAACGCCACUAAAUCCUCUGGGGCGCACAGGGCUGGCUGGUAGAGGUUUGUUAGGCCGGUGGGGUCCCAAUCAUGCAGCAGAUCCAAUUGUCACAAGAUGGAAACUAGAUGUCAAAGGAGCAAAGAUACAUCACUCAGUCUCAAAACUGCCAAUUCUGCAAUUUGUGUCCAUCAAGAGGAAAGAUUGUGGAGAGUGGGCCAUUCCUGGGGGGAUGGUAGAUCCAGGGGAGCAGGUUUCUCUCACUCUGCAGCGGGAGUUCUCCGAGGAAGCACUGAACUCACUUUCAGUCCCGGAAUCAGAGAGAGCACAAAUCCACCAGCGCAUCACCAAACUCUUCAGCUCACCAGGAUUUCAGGUUUAUAAAGGCUAUGUUGAUGAUCCGCGAAACACUGACAAUGCUUGGAUGGAGACCGUUGCUGUCAACUUUCAUGAUGAGUCAGGCAACAGUGUGAGUGAGCUGCCACUGCAAGCUGGAGAUGACGCAGGACAAGUCCAAUGGGUUGAUCUGGAUUCAUCUUUGGCUCUUUAUGCAAAUCACUCACAUUUCCUGCAGCUGGUUUCCAAUGAGAGAAAAGCCCAUUGGUAACUGAGGACUGUCCUUCUGUAACGAUAAAGCAAACCUUAAGAGCAAAUGUCCAUUUAGCAAGUAUUCCCCUAAUGAAGGUCUUACCUCACUAAUUUAUUCAUGAUAAUCAGCUGUGUGAUUAAAAAACCUAAUAUGCAUGUGAUCUUCCAGCCUGUAAGAUGCUGGAAAUACCAUAUACUAUAAAUGUCAUUAUGGUAUCAGAAUGGUAUCUUGACAUUAAUCUUUAGGAGUGGAGAAAAGAUAUAAUCAGUAUCAGCACUGAGACUGAGCACUUUUACACCUAAGCUAGAAGAACAUCUUUGCAAGUACUAACAGAUGGUGGACGCAUGGACCAUUUCACACUUUGCAGCCUUCCUUUCCAAACAAAUGUUUACCUCAAUGCAUGCCAUCUCGCUGCUGGGAGGCAAGGAUAAAAUAUUUUGCACGAAAAGGAUUGUAACCUUGAAGGAUUUUUGCCAUGAAGAACUGUAUGAUGACAGCUCUCCAUGAAUAAUCAAUUGAUGCUGUUUUUUGUUUUAUCAGGGAUAUUUUUCUGACUUCAGUCUGAAUUUACUGAUGUCAUAAACAAUUUUGUAAAUUCCCCAUCAUCUUUUUAGUGAGGGUAACCAGUGAGCACUUACAGAGAGAAAGGAACAUUUAAUCUGCAGGUAAUUAUGAUUAUCAAGUUGGAACCUUUUACACAAAACCAGAAAUUAAUUGGAGCCAGUUCUACUGCAAAUCCAACCAGCCUUCUUUAUUUACUCUACUGAUGGAUUUGACAGCUUUUCAGUGAAUAUGAAGUUUGAUCCAAGCAGAUAUGCGUUGGUAAGUCUUACUGUUAGGUACAUUAUGCAACAGGAGCUUGAAAUUGGACACAAUGUCAUAUAGAUGCUCUUUCAGUUUUGGCAGAGUGCAGUCAGACUGCUUUACAACAGUGCUGGCGUACACUAAGAGCCUACAGCAUUGUGGGCAGAGAGAAUAUUUCCCAUCCACAUUUCCCUUGUCAUUUAAACUGGCAACCUUCCACUCACACAACACUCUUGUUUCUUUUUCCUACUUGAAUAUUACCUAAGACAAAGUAAAAUACUGGUAAAUGUUAAGAAACAAAUGCUGUUUGACUAGUUCAAAUUAGAAAAUUGAUUUUGUGGUGAAGCUUUACUCACAGGACUCAAUUCACUGUAUAUUGUACAAAGAAUAACAAAAGUGCCCACCAAAAUGUCUGAAAACCCACCUUCAUCAUUUUCACAUAAAACUGUGAAUUGUGUGGUAUUUAAUUGCUUGGCACUGUAGUUUGUUAUGUCAUCCCUGCUAAAUGUAUUACUUGACUGAAAGUAUAUACUGUAUAUCAUCAACUAAUGUCAUAUGAUAGCAAAAGAAACAAUCUACAAAUGUUUGUUAAAAGGUUGUUUUGAGUUUUGUUUUUUUCAAAGAGCAACACUAACAUCUGAUUUCAUCUGACUGUGUCUUGUAAUAAAAAUACACAAAUAUGUAUACCUUGUACUAAACACCCUCACAAAUUAGUUCAACACAACACAUGAAUUGUGAGGGUGUUUGUAAAAAGGAUAAUCUUUUUUGCCUGACAAAACAGUUGAGCUUUUAUUGAAUCAGUUUUAUCUCUUUUCAUGGUCUCUUGGUCUGGGAAUCUUGCACUUAAAAAGAAGAAUUGUCUGAACCAAAUAGUGAAGUGGUCUAGUAAGAUAAUGAAAGAGCAGCAGAUGAAUCCAGACAUGCUGUUUUCCAGACAGAUACAAACACUGUCUGGAUGCAAAACCAAAUGUUUUAAACAAAGAUUAAUAUACUGCCUUAAAUAAAUAGAUAUGGUUUUAGCAUUUUUUGUUGUGAUUACCAUAAUCAUUCAAAACCAUAAUCAGAUUAUGGUUUGUGUUGUAUCUAUUUACUAAUGGUGCAUUAUUACUAGACUCACCAGACCACCUUAUUGUAAAGCAAAUUUAUCUUUGGGUACAAAUAAAGUUGAACUGAACUGAACAA